CAGAGAGAGGCGGGUCCCUGAGAGAUAUUGUGGAUCUGUUACGCUUGUGAGUUAUUCGACAGUCUGAAGCCGAGUGCACAGUAAGCUGGAACCAUGUUGCUCUACACACGGAGGCUGAGAGGAUGACCCAGCGGGUGUUUUACUAGAAUUAUCUGGGCAGAAGGACGAAUGAUGAAGGACCGACUGGUGGAACUGACUGCGGGUACAUCACGAGCAGAGGAGGAUGUCACAGUCGCAGUGGACAGAGAUGGCUUCAUGGAGAGCUUUUUCAGAAGGGUGGAAGAAGUCAGAGGACUUAUCGAUAAGAUCUCCUACCAAGUGGAAGAGGUGAGGAAGAUGCACAGCAUGCUCCUGUCUGCACCCCACCCAGAUGAAAGCACAAAGGACCAACUGGAUGCACUGACCAACAAUAUCAAAGGCAAUGCCAACGUGGUGCGAACUAAACUGAAAUCCAUGCAGCACAGUAUGCCCAAAGACGAUGGAGCUAACAGAUCCUCUGUUGACAUCAGGAUCCAGAAAACGCAGUACACAGUGCUGUCCAGGAAGUUUGUGGAGGUCAUGACCCAGUACAAUGAGACUCAAGUGUCCUUUCGGGAAAGAAGCAAAGGAAGGAUCCAGAGACAGCUGGAGAUAACUGGAAGAUUGACCACCAAUGAAGAACUAGAGGGCAUGUUAGAAAGUGGAAAUCCAUCUAUCUUCACAUCUGAUAUCAUUUCUGAUUCCCAGAUCACACGUCAGGCCCUGAGUGAGAUAGAGUCCCGACAUCAGGACAUCAUGCGUCUGGAGUCGAGCAUCAAAGAGCUCCAUGCGAUGUUCAUGGACAUGGCAAUGUUGGUAGAAACUCAGGGCGAUAUGGUGAACAACAUCGAGAAGAACGUCUCCAAUGCAGCCGAAUACAUAUGUAGUGCAAAGGAAGAGACCAAAAAAGCAGUGAGAUACCAGAAAAAAUCCCGGAGGAAAUACAUUAUCCUUGCCUUUGCUCUGUUGAUCCUGCUUGCUGUCAUUGCACUAAUUGUUGGCCUGUCUGUUGGACUAACCAAACCUCCUGUUUGAAAACUACUGUGAUCACUGCGUGAGAAACUACUCGGCCUUAUCAUGUGUGUGGCCGCAGGUUCACUCCUUUUACUCAUCAUAA